GCCACAACAAUUUCAGUCCCCAUUGAGAAGUCGAUGUGUGCAAUUGUUAGUUAAUUCGUUCCAACGUUCCAUCGUCCAUUCGUGAAAUUAUCGAACUCGUUAUUAGCCAGCCUGGUGAACUCGUCGUCCGAUUCUUGACUUGCUUGUUAAAUUAACAACGAAACGUGCCAAACAAGUCAGUCGCUUAGACGGAGAGUGUGUGACAUAGUGCGUCCUGUUGGUGCCAAAAGCCAAGCUAAAAACCAAAAACCAAAAACCAAAAAGCAAAACAUAAAACAUAAGAAAAUAUAUUCGUAUUAAGAAAUAAACUGCAAUUCGCAAUACGUCGCCAAGAACCUGUCUGUCGGCCAGUCAGUUUUUCGCUCGCCACGAUCAUCGAAUUGCCUGACCGAUCCGCCAAUUGCCUGUUGGUUGGUGGUUUUACAGUUUUGGCAAUUUUUCGCUUUUCCUUUCGUACGCCAUUCGCUGUGGAGUUUUUCCUUUUUAUUUUGCAACUACUGUAGGCGCCUUGCAUGUGUGUGCGCAUAUGUGUGAUUGUCAACACAAAAACAAUUGAUUGUUUUUACGAGUCAAUUUUGUUUUUUGAAAGAAGGGCGUUGAAAAGUUAAUGUAACAAAAUUGUAGAAAAAUCUUUUGAACGACAUCAGCUAAAUAUAUUGAGAAGCAGCCAGAGCUAUCAAGAAUCAACAAAAGCAGCGACAGGAUAGACAACGUGUGUGAGCGUGUGACAGCAAAGGCACACGGUACAUAAUCGGUAACAGCCUUCGCCGUUGAGCUUUAAAUGAAAGUGUUCCUGCCGAACUGUCAGAAUAGUCUUGAAGUGCAAGCGCAGCUGUCUGGUUGAAGUGCGGCCGUAGCAAAAACGACGCUUUCAAGUGCAUAUCUAAACGUGUCAGAUAGAUAAGAUUCAGCCGAUAAAGCGUUAGGAAAAAAGUGAAGUUUAGAAAGAAUAUUGCUUGCUAUUAAAUAAUUUGAAUCUUUCUGUGAAUUGUAAGAGUGUUUGAAUUGGACAAAGUGUUUGAAUAAGUGUUGGAUCCGAGCGCCUACCUGGGAAAGGUAUACUCAUACUUUUACGAGCUAUAUUCGUGGGAAUCGAACUAAAAGAUAACACCAAACGAAAUCAACCUGUCCAGCAACCACCCACGACAACAAGCACAACAACAACAACACCAAUAUAGUUACAACUUAACUAGCGCAAUAUUCUCUCUGUAAAGCAACAACAAUAACAACAGAAACUAAGGAAAAGCUGUGAAUAAAAAAAGUCUCGUGUAAACAAUCGACCAUCGAAAGUCAACGUGCAACAAGCAAGCUUCCAGCAAACACCAGCGGCAGCGCUCGUGGCAAGAAUCAGUGAAAAUCUGAAUUUGUAUGUAGUAUAGCGUAUAAUUAACAGUAAUAAACUGCAGCAAAAGGAGCAGCAACAACAACAACACCAAGCUUACGAAUAAUAAACGACACGGGCAUAGACAAAUACUACUACCGUUAGCACAAUGGCCUUAAUUAUGAAAUACAUUGACAGUAUGCAAAGAUAUAUGGACUCAUAUGGCGAUUCAAGGACGAAGGAUUGGCCGAUGAUGUCAUCACCAUUCCCCACAUUAGCAGUUUGCCUCACAUAUGUUUACUUAGUUAAGGUGCUUGGCCCACGAUUAAUGGAGAAUCGUAAACCAUUCCACUUACAAAACACACUGAUAAUCUAUAAUGCAGUACAAGUGAUAUUUAGUGCAUGGCUGUUUUACGAGAUAGCAAUUUCCGGUUGGCUAACGGGGCAUUAUAACUUCCGAUGUCAGCCAGUCGAUUAUAGUAAUAACCCUAGAACAUUAAGGAUGGUACAUGCGUGUUGGUGGUACUACUUCUCCAAAUUCACUGAGUUCAUGGAUACGAUCUUCUUUGUGCUCCGCAAGAAGACCAGCCAAGUAACGACGCUGCAUGUCAUACAUCACGGCUGCAUGCCGAUGUCUGUCUGGUUUGGUGUCAAGUUCACACCAGGUGGUCACAGCACUUUCUUCGGUCUGCUCAACACAUUCGUGCACAUCGUUAUGUAUACGUACUAUAUGUUCUCGGCCAUGGGUCCACAGUUCCAGAGAUUUUUAUGGUGGAAGAAAUACUUGACUACACUGCAGAUGGUUCAAUUUGUGUUGAUCAUGGUGCACGCCUUCCAGUUGCUCUUCAUCGAUUGCAAUUAUCCCAAGGCGUUCGUUUGGUGGAUCGGUAUGCAUGCUGUGAUGUUCUUCUUCUUGUUCAACGAAUUCUACAAGAACGCUUACAAGGGUCGCCGCACGAAACACAAAAACUUAUUGAUGUUCAUUUUGCAGCGCAAAGAGAAGGACGACGACGAAGUGGUGGAGGAGAAGCAAAAGAUUGACAGCAACAACAAAGCCGCUGAUGGUGACGAGCAGAAAGCGCUACUCACCAACGGUCAUGUCAGCAAUGGUGUCAUCAGCAAUGGCAACGUUGCCAACGGCUAUCCGAAGAAUGGCUACAAAACGGCAACCGCGUCAGCGUCCGCUUUUGUCAACGGUAACGGCGCCACCAUGAAUGGCAGUCUCAAGACGUCCGCGGGGAAUGGCAACGUGUACAAGAACGGCGAUGCGCCGUUGCUGGCCAACGGACACAGCAAAAUGGUGGGCGGCUCGUUAGCCGCGCAGCUGACACAACGCAAAUUGCAGCAACAACAAAAAUAAUAUAGGGCCACUGGCGGCGUAGUGGCGCAUGCGCAGGCAAUGGCGAUGGCUAAUGCAGCGGCGGCGACGACGACGACAGCGGCGGCAUCAGCGGCAGCUAAGCAGACCACAACACACAAAGCUAAGAAAACACAAAAACUACAAAACAAAGCUAAAAAACAAACAUAAAAAAUACAUAGAAAACAAAAAGAAAAAACACAACAACAACAACACGCAAAGCAAAGCCAGAAGAAAAAUAAGUUAAUAAUUAAUUAAUUAAAGCGUAGUUAUUACAAGAGGAAAUUCAUUAAUUAAAUUAAACGCAUGUGGAAGCAAAAUCAAAAAAAUCAACAAACAAAAAAUCCGCGCGAAGAAAAAGUUAAUAAGCAUUAAUUUUUUUUUUAAUAUCUAUCGUAUAUACACAUACCGCAUUAAAAUUAAAUUUAUAAAUUUAUACACAUACACACACACACACACCCAUACAUACCGAUCAAGUCAUACAAACAUUCGAAGCGAGCGCAUACUUACCAAAGCAGCGAGUAGCAUAUGUAGCUUUUUGCCGCCGCAAGUAGGUGAAACAGGUGUAAUAAGCAACAGAAGACAAAGCUGCAAGCAGGAAAUAGCAAACAGGAAGCGAAAAGCGCAACCAAAGCGUUGCCAACCAUUUGCAAGUGUAUAAUUAGUGCGUUGUGAUUUGCUGCUGAAAAUUAAAAAAAAAACUUUCUAUUUGUAUUUAUUUUUCGUUUAAUACACUUAAAAUAUAUGUAAACUGCAGCUAUGGCAAAUGUUGCGCAACAAUGUUGCUAUACAAAUGUUGCCAAAAAAAAUUCCAAAAAUUUUGCUCAUUUCACUUUUCGGUUAGAAAUUUCUGUUGACAUUUUAUUUUUACCGUUAAAUGUAGUUUAUGUACAGAUUUAUUUGUUUUUGCACUUUUUUAUUUCAUAAUGUUCUGUUAAAAAUAUAUGAGUUUAUAAUUCUUUUGUUUGUUGUGCCACACAAAUGUUGCAGGCAACAUAUUUUUAAAAUUUUGUUCAACUGUUGCAUAUUUUUUGUUUAUUAAUUAAUGCCACUUUUUUAUAAAAAAAAUAUGUUUCGCAACAAUGUUGCUGGAAAAUGUUGCCAACAUUUCAUUGUUGUCUAUCUGUAAUUACCAUUAAUUACAGAUUAAUUAAUUCCCAUUAAUUCAAGUAGUCUGCAAUAACUGUAUGCUUCUUGUACGAGCCUAGCAACAUUUGGAAAUUCAAAUGAAAUUUUAAGAAAUUAAAAAAAAUAUAUUGAAAUGUCUAGCAACAUGCAUAUUGCAGUUGUUAAACAUUUUGUUCAAAAGAAUUUUUCGCUUUCGUAUGCUUUUUUAAUACACUCUGUUAUUGUAACAUUAUUUUUUUUUUUACAUAUGUCUAUAUAUUUAUGUAUAAAUUAUACUUGUGCUUGUUCCUCAACAAUGUUGCUAGCAACAAGUAACACUUAAAUCACAUGCUUAAAACGCGUAUGAACGCAUUAAACUUUACUCACAUGAAUAUACAUAUGUUGCGCAACAAAGUGUGCUGCAACAUGUUGCCAGCAACAUACCACCCUCUAUCAACAUUCGAAAUUUUUUUUCUAAUUUUUUUUUAAAUAAAUUUCUAUAUAUAUUUGUAUAGGUAACCGUUAGCCCAACUCAACCUACAGCAACAGCAAAUCGCACAGCACUAAGCAUACGCCAAGUACAACAAUCAUUGUAAUAAAAUUAUACAUGCAUACAAGCGCAUAUUUACGCACAUACAUAUGUAUGUGUCAACAUACACACCCAAAACCACAUUUGCAACUGCAUUUUCCACAUAUAUAUACGUGCAGACGUACGUAUAUAAAAAAAAAAAUUAAUAAAUAAAUCUAAAUACAUUAACACAUAAAUAUAUGUAUAGUGAUAUAUAUGUAUAGUAUAUAUUUAUGCAUAUAGGGUAUAAAUUGAGACAAAACAAAAUGUACACAAACGAUUUAAAAACUACGCUUGUAGGUGAAAAAAACAAAAACAAAAAAUAAAAUAUUAAUUUAUAAUAAAAAACAACAACAAAUAAUACUGGUUUAGGUAUGCACUUAAAUGCGAUUUAUAUAUUACCGUUACAUUUGCUAAUUUACGAUUUACGAUAUACAUACACAUACAUAGGUACAUACAUAUACAUAUACCUGUAUUUGAAUGCUAAGUGUUCUCUGUAACUUACUUUUGAGUUUACAAUUUUUUUAUUUCGUCUCUUCUGUUGUACAAAAUCCAUUAUAUAUACUAUAUAUUUAUAUGUAUAUGUAAUAUGUAAAGAACUUAAAGUAAAAAAAAAAAUAAAAUAAAAAUAAAAAAUAAAAAAAAUUUAAAUGUUAAACCCAAAAAUAUGGAAAAUCAAGUCAUUUAAAUCGCAGCAAAGAGAAUCAUAUUUAUAAAUACAUACGUACAAAAUAUAAAAAAAUUAAAAAAAAAAAAACAAAAACAACAACCACAAGCAUGUACGCAAUGAAAACUUAAUUGUAAUUAUUAAUAUUGCUAGCUGCAAAAAGGAAAUUAAUUAGUUUAAAAUAAUUAAUUAAUUAAUUAAUUAUGUAAGGCAUAGUAAGCGAGAGGUGUGUUUGAUAAGUUAAAUAAAUAAAUAAAAAAUAAUAAAUAAACAUAAAAACUCUAUACAUAUUAAAAAUAAGUGAAAAAAUAAAUAAAAAUAUAUAUUUAAAAAAAAGUAUGUGGGACAAAAGAAUAUACGUUAAAGCUUAUUAUUCAAACAAAUAGCAACAACAACUACAACAAUUACAGCGAACUUUAUUAUGCGCAUGCCACAUUGCACACAGAAAGUGCGCCACCAGCUGGACUAAACGAGGCAUACCGGGUAGUAAGAGCCACGAAAGCGCUCAAAAAAUAUAUUUGCAGUUAUCGGCGCAUUUGUCUAUAUGUGUGGGCGUGUGUUAGUUGCAGUUUGUAAGCGUUUAGAAAUAUUUGUAUAUAAAUACAUAAUAAUUUCUUAUAAUAUAAGAGCAAUUCUAAGCAGUAAUUGUCGGCACGCAAAGCAACAAACACAUACAAAACAAUGAGAAAUUACAAAAAAAAAAAACAAAAACAAAUAAUAAUAUAUUAAUAAAAAAUUUAAAAUAUAUUGUGAAUAAUAUGAAAAUUAAUUAUGAAAGAGAAAAUGAAAUAAACUGAAAAUACACAAACAAAAAAAAAAAACACUUGUAUUUUAUGAAUGUAGAGCAAAGCGAAGGCGCGAGGACAAAAUUUUCAAAAAAAAAAAAAUUAAGCAAAGAGCAGAAGGAAUUACUAAUUUAAAAAAUAAUUAAAAAUUAAUAAUUAAAAAAAUAUUUAAUAAUUUAAAGAAUAAUUAUUAAUUAAAAAAAAUAAAAAAUAAUUAAUAAUUAAAAGAAUAAAAUUAAUUGUAAAUACCACAACUUUGUGUAUUUAAUGCAAAGACUUCUGCAGCAAUGUUUAGUCAAAUGUAAGGCAAAGAAAUAAUAAUGGAAAACUAUAAAGUCAAGCAAUUAGUCAAAACAGUAAUUUAACAGCGAAACUCUAGCCAAAAACUGAAAAAGAAAAAUAAAAAUUAAACUAAAAAUUUAAAUAAAAAAAAUAUGAUAAAUCAUUAAUGGAUAAAUGAGCCUUUUUAGCUUAAAAAAAAAAUAUAAUUAUGACAACAUUAAGUCUCUACAUUUUGUGUGUUGUAUAGUAUAUGCUAAGCAAUCAUAUUCUAAAUACAUAAUAAAAAAAAAAACAAAUAACAACAAACACUACUGUAGCUGGAAUUGCGUAAUUGUAAAGCGAAAAUUAUUGAUUAAUAUGGCAUUCGCAGAAUGUUGAAACGAAAAAUUUUAGUAAAUACUUAAAAAUAAUAACUAAUUAAUAAAUAUAAAAUAAGGCAAUAGAUCUUGAAGCAAUUAAAACAAACCAAUACCGACUUCGAAUUUUGAAAGUAAGAAAGUAUUUUGAGUGAUUUUUAGCGCUGAAGCCAUGAAAAACUUAAAAUUAAAUGAAAUAAACUUUCUUAUUGUUAGUCUAUUUACUUUUUCGUGAACUUUCCUGCUGAAAAAAUAAAAAUUCAAUUUAGUUGAUUUAUUUCGCAUAUUAGCUCAAAAGCUUUUGAAAAGCUUUCCUGUCUUAAAUUUGUAUUUUUAUAGAUUUUUACUAAAUUAAAAUGUAAAAUACAAUCGAACAUGCUUAAUGAAGGAUGCUUUUAUUAUGAGCUUUUAGAAUGUGAGCUUUCAUCACUAACAUCAAGCUUUCGAAAUUUUAUAUAAUUUCAUGGUAGAAGCUUCAUUAAACUAAUUUUCAAUUAAAAAAAUUAAUUUUCAAAAAAAAAUAUACAGUUGAACUUCCAUAACUCGAACUUCUAUAACUUGAAGUUCUCCAUAACUCGAACUCAAAUUCAAUACAAAUUACCAUUCAUAACUGGAAGUCUCUCUAACUCGAAGUUUUUUGGUGGAUUAUGGUAAUUUGAGUUAGGGAAGUUAAACUUUAUAUGGAGAGUUACAGCUUACAAAACUGUGAAAGCUGAAAUGAUCGAUCCACCGAACAAAAGCUUAAAGUAGGUCUUAAAUUUUUAAUGUCAUUAUUUCGAAUUUUAUUCGGUUACAUAAACAUACAUAACGAAAAACAACAUUAGGCAGUGAUGUAGUCUUGAUUUUUUCAUGCAACUUUUAUAUAAAUGAGUACAUAUUCAUUACACAAUAGUGAAAGCUCAUCUAGUAAAAAAAUGAUUUGUAAAAAUAAAAAGCUUUUACCAAGCAAUAGAAAGCCUUUGUAAGUCUAGCAUUUCAUAUGCAUAUUUUGAUAACCUUUUGACGCAUUUUUUUACAUAUGUAUAUAUUUAGAAAGCUUUCACAAAAAAUUUCAAAAAAUUACACACAACUCAAAACUUUUUUACUUUUCACGUUUGCACUAUACUAUUUGUCUAGAUAUUCCACACUUUUAUACUAAUUUACACUCGAUUUACAUAUUUUGAGUACAGGUGCUUUCAAAAGCUUUUAUCAAAAUAAAUGUAUUAUUUAGUUUUGAUGUGGGUUGCUUAAGUAUAGUAAGCUUUGUAGGCCUCUCAACCUAUUUAGAAAACUUCCACUGCAUUUAGUUGAUCUAUUUAGAAAGCUUUCGGUGUUAAACAAAAAAAAAAUACAACAAAUACAAAGUAGUUCAGCCGUGAUUGAAACAGAAAAAAAACAUUGACAAAUAAACCUCCCACCCUUUACGGCACAGCCAUGGACAGUAGUGUUUGAGACA